AUGUGGGUGGACAUUUUCCCUACUUCAUUAGGGCCUCCUGGUCCUCCUUUCAUUAUUGCAGCAAGGAAACCUAGUCAGUACGUUCUUCGCUGUGUUAUCUGGAACACAAAGGAUGUCAUUCUUGAGGAAGAAGCCAUUACUGGAGAGAAAAUGAGUGACAUCUAUGUCCAAGGCUGGAUGUCAGGUGUUGAUGAGAAGCAGAAAACUGAUAUCCACUACAGAUCACUGGAUGGUGAAGGCAAUUUCAACUGGAGAUUUGUUUUCCCAUUUGAAUAUCAAUUGGCUGAGCAGACUAUGAUCAUCAAAAAGAAGGAGCAUUUCUGGAGUCUUGAUGAAACGGAACUUCGAACCACUCCAAAGUUCAUUAUUCAAAUCUGGGACAAUGACAAAUUCUCAAGGGAUGAUUUUAUAGGUCAUCUGGAGUUGAACUUGAAUGCAAUGCCACUGCCUGCUAGAUUUAGCAAAACUUGUAAAUUGACAAUGUUACCAGAAGUUGGCGAUAAUGUCAAACUAGUCUCACUUUUUGAAAUGAAGCACAUGAAAGGCUUCUGGCCCUGCUACAGUGACACCAGUGGAAAACGAGUCCUUACUGGAAAACUAGAAAUGGAAUUGGAAUUGGUCAGUUUAGCUGAAUCUGAAGAGAGACCGGCAGGACUUGGUAGAGAUGAUCCUAAUAUGUACCCCAAACUGGAACCACCAAAGCGACCAGCAACAUCAUUUUUAUGGUUCACCUCUCCUUGGAAGACACUCAAGUUCAUCAUCUGGCGCAACUAUCGCUGUCUGAUUAUCACCACCUUGCUGGUUCUGUUGCUGCUGUUGCUGCUUGGACUGUUUAUUUACUCCUUCCCUGAAAAUGUCACGUUACUACUUAUGUUGAUCAUGAUCAUAAUUGUGAAUGCACUGAAGAAAAUGCUAAAGUGA